AUGGACUUAUCCACAAAAAAACCUGUUUCAGAUAUAGAUGGCUCAUUUGUUCAUUCAUUUAUUCAUUCUACCAGAACUAUUUUUCAUCCGGGAAAGGAUGUUAUUGGUUACUUUCCUGGUCAACUGGCACGACUUUACAUUGCAUAUCCUCCUGAAAGGCAAUUAAGACCUUUUGCAAAACUACAGCCAGCUCCAGAAAAAGAGGAAAUUAUAUAUCCACAUGAGUUUGAUUAUUUAAUUCUGCAACAGUAUAUUCAUUAUCAAAGUGCAAAGAUGAAGGUAUUUGACUGGUACACACGAACCACAUACAAAGAAGCAUUUACACUGCCAUGUUUCAAAAAAGGCAGUGCUGAGGAUAGCUAUCGCCAAAGAUCAGAUGCUGAAAUACUGUCACUUUGGAAAAGUACAUCGGCUAUGAAGAAAGACAGAGUUAAACCUUCUUUCAUGGGAGUUUGAAAACUUCUGUCUUCUCUCUCUUUUUAAAGCAACAAUAUGAAAGAUUCUGCUAGACUGCUUCUAAUCCAAACGUACUAAAGAUGACUACUAACACCAUACAAAAGCUCUGGCAAUUUUAAAUAAGGUUUGAUUGACUAUAAAACCGUUUUAAAAUUCCAUUGCAAAUAGAGAAAAGAUACAGAAAAUACAUUUCAGUCUAAGAAAUGGAACUACAGCAAAAUAAUGAAAAAAGAAGCUCUCACAAACUCCCAUAGUGGCAAAUAGCAUAGUCAUUAUUACAGGAAGCCUCUCACAAACAAAUCCUUCUGUUUUGUCUCAAACAGACACAAAAUUAAAAAGCAAUAUUCAGCACCUAAGAAACAACUUUCUCCUUACUAUUUCAUAAUCACUACAUGAUUAUUACUAGACUUUUUUUUUUUUUUUAACCAUCUGCUUGGAUAAUUCUGGGUUUGAUGGAGUCACCACACAUUUUGAACAUUUAGAAAUGUUAAUGGCACCAUUUAUUUUUAUUUAUAUUCUUCCAGAAACUUUCUAGUGCACUGAAGGGAAAUCAUUUAAGAACACUGAAUAAUUUUGCACAAUAAUCAAAAAGUAAUACCCUGCAACUGAGCACCCACCAGCAUAGCCUGUUAUUACCAAACCUUUCCAUUCUUUUGGUCCGCUUCAGUCUUAUUUUUUUCCAGUCACAGAAGUGCUCCAGCGUAUGAUAGACAUGAGCAACAUAGAUUGGCAGCCUCUAUUUGUAAUUAAUUACAUAUAUUGUAUGCAUAUUCCCUUUGCAUUAUUACUGUAAGUUAAGGAUGCAUAUGGUCAACUUGCCAAACAACAGUUAGUGAAAAGAGGUUUGUAUUCCUAUAAAUAUAAGGAAGAGACACUGAGAAAAUAUUCCAUGUCUAUGCUUCAUGUAACCAAGCAGUACAAAUGUGUGCCCUGUUCUUUAAACUUCAACAUUAUAAGCACUUCCAUGGCAACGUAACUUAAUGAAAAAUGAAACUGAUAUGCUCCUUCCAUGUUUUCUGGAAUGUGUGCUUAUUUCACUCCUGUCCUCAAUGUACAUUUUUCAGUUGGGUGUGAGGUUCAUAGUCACCCUUGAAUAACCCAGGAUAUACAAAUGACGGAAAAGGCCAGGAUACAUAUACUAUUUCAUUCACACUAGUAAUGGAAAAGGAUUCUCCUAUUAGAACAAAGUCACUCCAAUUUUUGCUACAAUUGCAAAAACAGGCUGGAUGAUGAAGAUACUAAAGCUCUGAGUGCAAAUGCAAUUUUUAAAAUUAUUAAUCCUUUUUUUACCCAAACAUAAUUGGUUAGAGCUAAAGACUUGAGACAAACACCAAUUUUGUAAUCACUAAAAAUGUUAUAGAAGAUGUUCUGAGGGAUCUGCACCAUCUGUGAUGUCAUAUAUGGCCAAAAAGGACAAGUAGUAAGAGCACUGGUGCUUUUAAAAAAUACUAAAUCUUCAAGCACAUUCAUUAUUUGACACAAUUCUAAGAAAUUUGAUAUAUCUAGAUACAGAACUUAAACGUGUAGAGUGCUGUAAACUAAAAUCUAGGGAUUUUUUUUUUCUUCAUUUGUGCACAAGCAAAACUUGUAGCAUAUAUAUAAAAUAUAAAAAUGCUCCAGCAACCAAUAUAUAGUAGCAUUAUUCACUCUGUGCUAUAUAUGCUGCUUAAAUGAAACAGAUAAUGUUCAAAUAUUCAAUAAGCAAAGAAAGUGAAGAAUAGAAAGUACUAGAGAAAGAAAAAUAAUAAUUUGCCCAGUGUAUUCUAUCAACAAUGGCAUUAAAUCCAAAAGACAGAUCCAGAAUGCAUUAGUACUAGUCUAGUAAAGAAGCCAGACAUAUAAGAAGCCAACAUUUGAAAAUGUGGACAGGGAGAAUUCCUUGUUCAGAAUCAAAACACAAUUCUAUUCUAUGAAAAUAAUUCUAACUGCGGGGCUGAAGGCUUGGGGGUUUUUAAGUUUCAGCAACCAGAAAAUGAAUCUUGACACAGCAGUGAACAUUGGGUAAAAAAAAAGAAGAAGAAAGAAAAUCAACUCAGCAUAAUAUUGAACAAAAAGGCAAAUGUGAAAGAAGAAAAACCACUAUCAUAGUAUUUACCUGCAAGAACAUCAAGGCUGGCAUUUGUUUGGGCCAGAAAUAUUAGAAAUGACAUGCUUGUUUCUGAGUACAAAGGAAACUUGGAAAACUUUGGUUUUCUAAAAUACUUUAUCUUGUCAAUAACAGAUGACUUACAAUCUUUGCAAGACCAUGUUUAACAAGCAAGGAAUUCUCUAAAAAGGCAUUGUGGCACCAUGGUUUCCAUUUAUCUUGUCUGGAACCUCUUUAAAACUUCUAGUCAAACUGAAGCAUAUUAUUUUUCUGACAGAGAGAGCUGUCUAACAAUCUAAGAUUAUUCUGAUAAUCUUGGUGUGCCCCUUUUUGCUGACUGUAAAUUUCCCUUUAUUUCAAAAUAAAAUUCCAUGUGCAAAAGAAAACAAAAAAGAAAUGAAGCUAUUACGGUGUUGAACCGUGAUUAUUUUACAGUGAGGAUUUUCUAUUUGUGUUAGAAAUUUAUUGUGUUUUUUUCAUGCAAUAUCUAUAUCAGUCUAAAGCUUACUGCUAACUUUCCCAGAAAGUGAGGUGGUAUUUUCAUAGAAAUUUUUUUUAAAAAGCUGCUGUUUCCCUUCCAUCCUCACAUUUUACCAAAAGAAAUUAAUUUUUUUUUUUUUUAAGAGUUCACGCUCUAUGAUAUAUUUUUCAGAACUCACCACAACGAUCAUGAAAAUGUACAUUCUGGAAAAUGUACUUCCAGUAACAUGAUUUCAUACAUUGCAAAUAUGAACAGGGCUGGAAAACUUAAGUUAAAUUCCCUGAUGUUAGCAUCUUCUUUUUAGAUACCUAUGCUGUAAGACAAAUAUUAGGUAUAACUUCUUAAUAAAAUGUCAGUUAAAAAUAUACUUAUUGCAUCCUGUGUGAAGCCCUGGCUCACCCCUCCUAAAAUACUGCACAAAUAAAGAUACAGAAGAAUUACAUAGAAACAGAGUGAAAAUCAGCAUUCUUCAGUUUACAAAAUAAUGCCCACAGAGUAAGAAAAGGUCAUGAAUGGUACUAAGGUUAAAGAAUGUAAUUGGCUUGAAAUUACUUACAUUUCUACAAGUUAGAUCAAUCUAGACAUACAAUAUACUCAGAAGAAAGAAAGGUCUUUAGCAAAGCACAGCUAGGAACUACAGAAUAGAUUGUCUUCAGUAUCUGCCAAUGAUGAAUUCAGUUUUUUAAAAAGUCAAUUUACAUAAAUAUUGUCUCUAAUGCCUAUUUACAUAGGUAGCCAAGUCAUCUUAACCCAUGUGGACUCUGUGUGCUAAGAAGUAAAUUAAGCGAUACUUAGGUCAUCCUAUUUCCAAUCAUCCUCUGAAUACCAGCUAUGAAAGAUUUGGCAAUAGGCCAAUGAACUGAUGAACUGAAUGAUGAAACUCUGAAAUGUAAAAGUAUCAUAAUAACUAAGGGGAAAAAAAGAAUGAACUCCAUACAACAGGGAGUAUAAGCACUUCCAAUAUUAUCAUUUAUAAAUUAAGUUGUACUGUAUACAUAUUAAGCACCCCACCUAAACUACUAGUUCAUUAUUCUUUUAAUAAAAACUGUAACAAAAAUUUAGUUUUAUCAUCAUUAUAAAAUCACCCCUCUCUUUAAUCACACACUACAUCAGCAACCAUACAAGGUAUAACAGCUUUAGGAGUACAAAUGAAGAUGGAAAACUCUGUGCAAAACUGCAUUAUCUUAAGCAUCCAAAGUUUCAGGAAGUAAUACCACCAAAAGCAGACAUACAGUAGACUCAUAAAAAUAACAGAAAGCAGGUUUGGGGAUACAUCUGGAGAAAAAGCAUCAGUGGCAAAUGGUGGCAAUAUUUGCCACUGGAACUCACAAAGUAGUAAGAUAAAUGAUACUGAUCUGUCAAUGUUUUUAUAGCAAUAACUAUUUUUUUUUCCCAGACUACCUCUAGUUGUUUUACAUUGUUGUUUUACAGUAUGUUUCCAAUUUCCCCACCCAAAUAAUUGCUUAUUGGGUUAAGAGAUGUGUGUGUCUGUGUGUGUGAGUGUGUAUGUAGACAAACAGUCUUUGUGGAGUGUGCUUUCUUUUCUUCAAUUUAUCCAAUAUCUUUAGAAGAGCUGGAUCAUCGACUCCCUGGAUUUUCCUACUCCAAUCCAUUUAA